CCAAAGCCUACGAGAUCCUCCGAAACGACGGAUCCUCUGCCAUGGAACGUGCUGAUUAUGACUACAGCAACAGCGAGGACCAGCUCACGGUGGGCAUCCAAAUCAUCCAGCGCGCUUUCCAGCGGAAGGUGAACAGCCUGGAGCAAGAGAUCAAAAAGAUGGAGCUUACUUGCGAGGAGCACCGGGCCAACGUGUCGAACCUCGACCGCAAGAAUUCGAACCUGCAGGUGGAGUUGGUGGAAACCAAGGAGCGCUGGGAGCAGCUCCAAGAUGAGGAGAAGGAGCUCUACAAGACUUUGGGCUCUCUCAAGAAGCAGAUCCUGAGGCUAGAGAGCCUCAAGUCUGCGAUCUUGAAAGAGAUCCAGGACGACCAGCACAAGGAGGCGGAGCUCGGCGAGCUGAAGGCGCUCAUGAGCGACGACUACUUCCGGGGCACGAUGCCCCUCACCGCCGGCGAGCUGGGCUAUGGCCCCUCGCGGCGAGAGUUGCCGCCGCAGCUGGCGCCGCCGAGGCCGCAGGCCGUCGCGUCCGCCUUCCCUGUGGAGCCGCUGUCCACGGCUCAGGUGCGGCCGGGCUCUGCGGGGAGUUCUCCGGCGGUGGAUGGGAAGGCGUUUUUCAGGCUUGCUCGGUCCAGAUUGCCCAUCGAGGACUUCAACAAGUUCUUGGCCAGCAUCAAGCGGCUCAACAACCAGCAGCAAAGCCGGGAGGAGACGCUGAGAGAAGCGAGCGUAGUCUUCGGCCCGGAGAGGGCCGAUUUGUUUCGGGACUUCGAGGCCUUGCUGACCCGCCACGGCAUGUGAAGCUGCAAAGCGAUCAGCUUCCGAUGGUCGGGAUAGCGUUCCGGUCUCCUUGGCAGGCUGUGUUUUUUUCCCGCGGGCGCGGAGGGAUGUUGGGGGUUGAGAACCGUGAGUCGA